CCUCCUUACAACUUGUUUAGUGAAAUGCAUGGGCUCGCAGUCUCCUCUCCGCAGUUGCAUGCUGCACCGCAGUUGGUAACUUUUGACUGCAAGGUUUUGAAUGAGGAUCGAGGCGCACGCUACUUCAAUCCAUCCAGAAAAGUGAUUUAUUAAAGGACUUUUCCGCUGACUUGAUGAAUCACUUAGAAUGGUUCCCCUUAACAUGAGGGCCUGUAAGUGAUUUUUGGAUAUUGAUUACAGGGCUGCCUUGCUGUUAAAGAGUUCCACAUAUAUUUUUUCUGAGUUUCGGCGACCCUGAUAUUGGCGCAGUUACGCACGGAGAAGCGCAAUGGCACAUAUUCUGGACAGGCGUGCGCCCGUUUUGCUCUUAGUGUGGAGCUACUGCGUGCUGGCGGACACAACCUUUACGAACUUCACCUUGGACAAUGAGUUCCACUCAAGUUUUAUCCACCGCCGGCUGAAGAGCCAGGAGCGCAAGGAGAUGCAGCGGGAGAUCCUGUCGAUCUUGGGGCUGCCGCACCGGCCGCGACCUCACCUCCACGGGAAGCACAACGCUGCCCCGAUGUUCAUGCUGGACCUGUACAACGCCAUGUCCACGGAUGGGGACGAGACGAGAUACUCUUACCCUUACAAACCCAUUUUCACGACACAAGGCCCACCGAUUGCCAGCCUGCAAGACAGCAACUUUUUGAAUGACGCCGACAUGGUCAUGAGCUUUGUGAAUUUAGUGGAACACGAUAAGGAAUUUCUACCUGUGCGGCGGCAUCAUCGAGAGUUCAGAUUCAAUCUGUCGCGAAUCCCAGAGGGGGAAGCCGUUACCGCUGCUGAGUUUCGUAUUUUCAAAGACUUCAUCCAUGAAAGCUACGAUAAUGAGACCUUCCGCAUCAGCGUCUACCAGGUGUUGGAGGAACAUUCUGACAAGGAAUCAGAUCUCUUUCUGCUAGAUUCCAGGGUGAUCUGGGCAGCAGAGGAGGGCUGGUUGGUAUUUGACAUUACAGCCACCAGUAACCACUGGGUGCUGAACCCCAGCAGAAACCUCGGUCUGCAGCUGGCCCUGGAGACUGCAAAUGGAGAGAGUAUCAAUCCUCGUGUGGCCGGGCUAAUUGGUCGCACCGGACCUCAGAGCAAACAGCCCUUCAUGGUGGCCUUCUUCAAAGCAACCGAAGUGCACCUGCGAAGCAUCCGCUCAGCUUCCGGAGGGGGCAAACAGCGCAACCCCAACCGAUCCAAAGGGGCAAGGAGCCAAGAGGCUCUCAGAGUGGCCAAUGUUGCAGAAAACAGCAGCACUGAUCAGAAGCAGGCAUGCAAGAAGCAUGAGCUCUACGUCAGUUUCCGUGACUUAGGAUGGCAGGACUGGAUCAUUGCUCCUGAAGGAUAUGCUGCAUAUUACUGCGAGGGAGAGUGUGCCUUCCCGCUGAACUCCUACAUGAACGCCACAAACCACGCCAUUGUACAAACACUUGUUCAUUUUGUUAAUCCUGAGUCGGUGCCCAAGCCUUGCUGUGCGCCGACACAGCUCCAUGCCAUUUCUGUGCUCUACUUUGACGACAGCUCCAAUGUGAUCCUGAAGAAGUACCGCAACAUGGUCGUCAGAGCUUGUGGCUGUCACUGAACCACCAGCAUCUUCACAGGGACGCUCGCAUACGCACAUGAUGAGAGGAGAAUCGACAGGGCGCUCGUUUAAAAUGCUGCAGGAUUGCAGAGCAGCGUGUGCGUUUCGUGUAGACACACUAUUGUAAGGCCAAACAUGAAUUUCACUCUAUUUAAAGGGGCAAUUCAACUCCAAGUCUGUUUAAAAUAAAAAUAAACAUGUAGUUCCUGGCUAUGAUGUCUAAGCUAAGCAGCAAAUGAGAAAGAUCAUAAGUUCAAGAAAUGGAGCAAAUAUUUACAAAACAAAUCCGACUUAAAAAAUUGAGUAUGACCUCGUGAAAGAUGUUCAUUCAGUUAUUUAUUUUUUUAUAAAUAAACUAAACACAUAUGAAAUUACGACCACUACUUAAAUAACAAAUAAAUAGAUAUUUUUUGUUCUUUACUGAUUUUUACUGAUGAAAAUCAAUGUAAUUUAUCAAUUAACACGCUUUUUGAUAAGAAAUUUGCAAAUCACCUCUUCUCAUCACCUCCUUUUCUUUAGCUGUUUUAAUCUGAAACAGUAAAAGGCAGUAUAUUUGUCUGCUGUAUCACUCUGCAGUCCUCUUCCGUAUUCUGUUAUAUACUGUACACAACCCGCUCUACCAACAUAGAACUGUUUCAAUUUAAAAACCCAUUUGUACUCAGUUUAUUUUCACUGCCACAGGAUAAAGUCUUAACAAGCCGCAGAGAGGAAGCAGCAAAUUAAUGUCCUCCUUUGUGAUUCUCCAAACAAGAUACAAUAUAGACAGCAGAAGAGAGGGACAGAGAUCAAGUCCACUUGCGUGCUUUCCUUUCAAACCUUCACAAUUUAUUUGUUUUUUGUCUUUGCUUGCUGCCAAAAUGCUACAACUUGCUAAGGUCUCUGCAAGGACUUGAUGCUGCAGGAUCAUAUUUGA